AUGGCUGCUGGCAAGAUUGUCGUAAAGAACCCCGUUGUCGACCUCGAUGGUGAUGAAAUGACCAGAAUUAUCUGGCAGUUCAUCAAGGAGAAGCUUAUUCUCCCUUACCUCGACCUUGAUAUCAAGUACUAUGAUCUUAGCGUCACCUACCGUGAUGAGACCAACGACCAGGUGACCGUUGAUGCUGCCGAAGCCAUCAAGAAGUACAACGUCGGUAUCAAGUGUGCCACCAUCACCCCUGAUGAAGCUCGUGUUGAAGAAUUCAAGCUCAAGAAGAUGUGGAAGUCGCCCAAUGGUACUCUUCGUAACAUUUUGAACGGAACUGUUUUCCGUGAGCCCAUUGUGCUCCAAAGUUUGCCUCGUCUCGUUCCCGGCUGGACUGAGCCCGUGAUCAUUGGCAGACACGCUUUCGGUGACCAGUACCGUGCCACUGACUUUGUCACUGGCGGCGCUGGUAAGCUCGAGAUGACCUUCACUCCUGCUGAUGGCUCUGAGCCCAAAAAGUACCAGGUCUACGAAUUCGAGGGCACUGGUGGUGUUGCCAUGUCCAUGUACAACACUGACGAAUCCAUCGAAGGUUUCGGCCACGCCUGUUUCCGUAUGGCCAUUGACCGCAAGAUGCCCAUGUACUUGAGCACCAAGAACACCAUCUUGAAGGCCUACGACGGUCGCUUCAAGGAUAUCUUCCAAGAAAUCUACGAAAAGGAAUACCAGUCCCAGUUCGAGGCCCUUGGCAUCUGGUACGAGCACAGACUCAUCGACGACAUGGUCGCUCAGAUGCUCAAGUCCAAGGGCGGUUUCGUUUGGGCUUGCAAGAACUACGAUGGUGAUGUCCAGUCUGAUAUCCUCGCCCAGGGCUACGGUUCCCUUGGUCUCAUGACCUCUGUCCUUUACACCCCCGAUGGCAAGACCGUUGAGGCUGAAGCUGCCCACGGUACUGUCACCAGACAUUACAGAGAGCACCAAAAGGGUAACGCUACCUCGACCAACCCCAUCGCCUCUAUCUUUGCCUGGACCCGUGGUUUGGCCCACCGUGCCAAGCUUGACGAAAACGCUGAGCUGGCUCAGUUCUGCAAGGACCUUGAGCAGGCCUGCAUUGAUGUCAUUGAGGUUGACAAGAAGAUGACCAAGGAUUUGGCUUUGUCGCUUUACGGCAAGGACAUGAAGCGCGAGCACUACUCUACCACCGAAGAAUUCUUGCAGCAGAUCUCUGACAAGUUGGCAUCCAUCCGCAGCAGCUCGGCGUGA